CCCGGAAGUGUUGCUGUGAACCGACUGUGAGGAAAUCGUCGUUUGUUGGCUGUGGAAACAAUGCAGCAAAGAGAAGAGAAGCAGUUGGAGGCGUCUGUGGAGUCUCUCGUCUCUCGGGUUGCUCACGUCAAAAGUGCUCUCCACAGUUUCAUUUAUAAACUGGAAAAUGAAUACGAGAGGUUAACAUGGCCAUCUGUUCUGGACAACUUUGCUCUUCUAUCUGGUCAGCUGAACACCAUCAAUAAACUGCUCAAGAAUGAAAAGACACCAUCUUUUCGCAACCAAGUCAUAAUACCUUUGCUGCUGUCUCCGGACCGGGAUGAGGAUUUAGCAAAACUCACAGAGCAGCGUGUCCCUGUGUUCAGCCAUGAAAUCGUGCCAGACUACUUGAGGACAAAGCCUGAUCCAGAGGUGGAGGAGCAGGAGAAGCAGCUGAGUGCAGAGGCAGCAAGAAUAGGCCCAGACGUAGCACAGAAACAGAUUCAGACGUUAAAUAAGUUGUGUUCCAAUCUCCUUGAGAAGCUCAACAAUCCGCGUGAUGACCGGGAUGGAGAAAGUUCAGCCAUUCGUCAGAACAAACCGUCUUUCAACCCUGCUGACACUAACGCCUUAGUUGGAGCUGUUGCAUUUGGAAAGGGACUCUCUAAGUGUCGGCCCCCUGGCCAAGUGGCUCCUGGACACCCAGGGCAGGGGCCCAUGAUGAGUGGAGGUCCAACCUUACAGCAGGUCACUAUAGGUGGAGGUUCAGGUCAGCAAGCUGGUAUGGGAGGACCUGUGGCUCCACAGCAACAAGGGCAGCCAGGUAGGAGACCUGGAGAGCUGGGAAAAAUGCCAAGCAGCAUCAAGACAAACAUCAAAUCUGCAUCCAGUUCUAUGCACCCUUACAACCGAUGAGCUCCUUCUCUGUUAAACAUGUUUCAUUUUAGAGACUCAUUGACAACAUUUACAGUAGAUACUUGCCAACUUUACGUUCUGUAUAAAAAGCAUUCUCAUUAAAUAGACCAGCUUUUUAAAAUUAUUUCUCUGGAGUCUCUGUUUCACCAGCAUUUUUUUAUAUUAGAUUUAAAAAUGCCCACAACAGAAAAAGUUGAUAUGUGUAACCAUCACAGGUGCUAAUUUCAGUUUUGACAGAAUAUCUGAGCCAGUGACUGUAUAAACAAUAGUAAUGAAUGCAUUUGUUGUACGCUUACCUAUUACUUUAUUAGUCAGCUGCUCAUUAAUUCACAUAUCUGAUUAGCUUACUGCAUGUCAGGAACCAAUGCGUUGGUUCAGUUGGCCUGCUACAGUUCAAACUGAGUAUCAGAAUGGGGAAGAAACCUGACUUUGAAUGUGCAAUGGUUGUUGGUGGCUUCAUUCAGAUGUCACAGCAGCAUCAGGACUCAUCAGACCAGGCAACACUGUUCUGUUCUCCAAUUUUCCAUUUUUGAUGAGCCUGUGUGAGUUGUAGCUUCAAUUCCCUGUUGUUAGCUGAGUGGAAAGGAGCACAGGUAGCCCAUCUACCUCAAGGUUAAACAUGUUGCACGUUCAUAGAUGAUCUUUCUCAGGUUGUAACAGGUGGUUAUGUGAGUUCAUGGUUUCUUUCUACCAGCUUGAACAAGUCUGGUUAUUCUCCUCUGACCUUUAUCAUUAGCAAGGACAUUUUGGCCCAGAGACUUGCUACUCACUGUUAGUUUCCCCUUUUUUCGGACCACCCUAGAGAUGUGUGCACCAAAACCACAGUGGAUCGGCAGGUUUCGAAAUACUCAGACCAACCUGUCUGUCAAGUCUCUUAAAUCCCCAUUCUGAUGCUUGGUUUGAACUUCAGCAGAUUGUCUUGACUGUUUCUACCUACCCUAAUUCGCUGGCCACUGCCAUGUAAACAGCUGAUAAUAUAUUUACAUUAAUGAGCAGUUAAAUAGAUAAUACCUAAUGAAGUGAUCGGUGUGUUCCUAUACAGUCUGUGGUCUUGCUUGAGCCACCAGAUGGCAGUAUGUCACCAUGUAUUUUCUUUAUUUGAAAUUGUAUUAUUGCCUUUUCAAUAAAAUAAGUUCAAAGGA